AUGACGACGUUUUUGCGAUUCCUAGAAAAGCGCGACGACGUAGUUUCUGGGAUUCCUAGAAGUGCGACGACAAACGACGUGCGUCGUGCAGAAAUGACGUGCGUCGCGCAGAAACAACAUGCGUCCUGCAGAAACAACGUGCGUCGUGCAGAAAUGACGUCGUCGCGCUUUCAGGAAUCGCAGAAACGACGUUGUCGCGCUUCCAGGCAUUGCAAAAUGACGCGCAUCAUCAGCGUAGACGACGUCGUUUCGCGAUUCUGGAAGCGUGACGACGAUCACGCCACGAAUGUUUUGCCUUCAGAUGCCAGAAAUGAAAAACAAGAGUUUGGGUUGAAAAAAUUUGCUUUGGAAGCAUGCGUCGAGUCAUCCCAUCGAAGACUUGGGAAUCAAAAGCACAAGAGGGAGACACUUUUGAAUCCUAAUGCAAGAUGUGUGAAGAGAAAAUUUGACGGUGGUCAUAACAUUGCUACCAGAGAGAAAUGUGUAGAAGAGAAAACACAAUCUUGCAAUAAUGGUAGUCAAUACUGUUCUCACUUAGAUAUUUUUGGUGGCUUUUUCGAAAGGUCAAAAGGACUCAAAAACCAUCUUAAAGAUUAUAAAAUGACUAAAUCAACAAAGAAAUUUUCAAAAAUUAAAGAAAAUUUUGACCAUUCGAGUGAGAUUUCAUAUUCUUCAAGCUUGGAAAAUGAAGACAUGAAACUCAAUCAGUCACAAAACAACUUCUUCCCUAAGGAUAAUGAAAUUCCAGUUAUUCCCAUUGGACCUCGUUUUCAAGCUGAAGUUGCCAAGUGGGAAGACACAACAAAUGCAAGAUAUCAAGACAAUGAUGAUGAUUUGAAGUGGUUAGGUGUUCAAGUUUGGCCCAUGUCUAACAAUAAUGAACACAAUUCAAAAGGUAUUGGGAAUGGUAGACCUGAUUCAUGCUCCUGUGAAUAUUCAGGAUCAGUUGAAUGUGUUAAACUGCACAUUAGUGAAGCAAGAGAAUUCUUGAAAUUGGAGAUCGGUCCAACAUUUUCAAGAUGGAAGUUUGAUGAGAUUGGAGAAGAAGUUCCAGGGUCAUGGACUUUAGAAGAUGAUAAAGAAUUUGAAUCUCUAGUAAAAUCAAAUCCAUUGUUAAAUGGUAAGAAUUUUUGGAAGCUCGCCAUGAAGUACUUUCCAUCGAAAUCUUUGAAAUGCUUAAUAAGUUACUAUCAUAAUGUAUACAUCCCAAGACGUUUGAGCAUGGAAACAAGAUCUUCGUACGUAGUUGAUAGUGACAAUGACUAA